CGCAAUGCAGGUGGAAGAUGCCUCAGAUGUUGACUGGGAAGAAAUUGCUCACACAAUUGGGGGAGUCACUCCUUGCUACGUACAGAUGCACUACCACAAGCUAAAAGUAGCCAAAGUGCCGUUGCGUCAGAGCAUGUCUUUCUGUGAGACCAUUGAUUUCCUGUACAGUCGUGUUCUGCCCAAGUUUGAAGAGCUCCUCCGACACAGUCAGACCGAGUCAGGGGAGACCGAGUCCAGAGAAGAUCCACAAGAGCACUUCCUGCUCUCAGAGAUCUUUGAAGAUGAGGACGACUGAGAUUAUUACGGCGAGGUUCAGAACAGUUGAUUAUCAAUCUUAAAAAAAAAAAAUAAUAUUAUUAUUUUUUUUUUAUCUCUGAGCUUUAUAUUUUGGAUGUAUUUUAAAGGCAUCUUUUGAAAAGAGUAGUUUGGAUGUAGAUGGUGAAAAUCUAUUGGACGGUACUGAAAAUGCUGGUCAGGAGUUUUCCUUUUUUCUGACAUUCACCGAUUAAAGAUGGAUGCUUUGUUAACAUGAUAACAUCCCCAGGGGCUGAUCAUUUGGAGCCUGGUCUGCUGUAGUGUGCAGCCACCCCUUAUUGCUAGAUCAGUAGUGUGCAGCCACCCCUUAUUGCUGGAUCAGUAGUGUGCAGCCACCCCUUAUUGCUGGAUCAGUAGUGUGCAGCCACCCCUUAUUGCUAGAUCAGUAGUGUGCAGCCACCCCUUAUUGCUGGAUCAGUAGUGUGCAGCCACCCCUUAUUGCUGGAUCAGUAGUGUGCAGCCACCCCUUAUUGCUGGAUCAGUAGCCCAUAUUGUUUAUGUAACAUAGUUACCAGGAAGUAUUCCAAAAGCAUGGACAUCUGUAGUAGUAUGAUGUAGACAUCUAUCACUCCAUUAGGGUGGGGAUAUAAAUGAUGUAGACAUCUAUCACUCCAUUAGGGUGGGGAUACACAUGAUGUAGACAUCUAUCACUCUAUUAGGGUGGGGAUACACAUG